CCGAAGCUCACCAGCCAUGGGCUCUCUGGAGGACAUCGUUGGCCAGCUCAUCGAGCUCGCCAGCUCCAACUCUGCCAUCAAUGUCACAUCCGCCCCCAACAACAACGGCACGGCGGCACGCCAGCCCUCCACCGGCUUCCCCUCCAGCUUUUCCGACAUCUCUUCGAUUGCCACCUUCCUUCUAUCGUUGGGCGCCCUCCGCAACUGGGGACUCCUGCUCCUGCUCGGCAGCCUCCUCGAGAGCACCCGCCAAGGCCUAUCAUCGCUGUGGAAGGUCAUCGCCGACUCGUUCUUCCUCACCGCGCGGUUCCAUGAAGACGAUAGCAGCUUUGAUUGGAUGAUGCUCUGGUUAUCCAAGCAGCCAUCGAUCCACAAAGGCAGGGACGUCGAGAUCAGCACCAGGUCCCACUCCUCGUCCUACGACGACGACGACAAGAAACACGUGCGCAUUCCCUCGAUGUCCGAGACCUACACGCUCUGGUACAGGCGCUGCUGGAUCCGGGUGACGCGCGAGCUCAAGGAGGGCAACUGGCGCAACCCCGAGGAGAUCCUUGUCCUUAAGAUCUUCACGUGGAACCAUGGCGUCAUUGACGAUAUCGUGCUGGAGGCGAAGGAGCUGUACAACACGGAGCGCGAGGACAAGGUCGAGAUAUACGUGUCCAACUCAAAUUGCUGCGGCUGGAGGUCGAGCUGCACUCUCGCAAAGCGCCCUCCUCAGUCGAUCAUCCUCGAGCCGGGUGUGCAGGACCUGGUUCUGGGAGAUGCGAGGGACUUUAUGAACAGCAAGUCUUGGUACGCUGAGCGCGGUAUUCCGUUCAGGCGCGGGUAUCUUUUGUAUGGCGCACCCGGUGCUGGCAAGACUUCCCUUAUCCACAGCAUCGCCGGGGAACUCAACUUGGACGUCUACAUCCUCUCUCUGUCCCGCAGCGGGCUCGAUGACUCCAGCCUCUCGCAGGUCAUCAGCGAGCUGCCCGAGAAGUGCAUCGCGCUCAUGGAGGACAUCGACGCCGCCUUCCACCACGGUUUGACUCGCGAAGGGCCCUCGCCCGCCGACGACGCUGAAGAUGGUCCCGACGGCCCUCGCAAACCGCGCGCCGCGACUCCCUCCGGCAAAGUCUCCCUCAGCGGGCUGCUGAACGCGCUCGACGGGAUCGGCGCGCAGGAGGGUCGUAUCCUCUUCGCGACGACAAACAAGUACACCGCGCUCGACCCCGCGCUGUGCCGCCCCGGGCGGAUGGACCUGCACAUCGAGUUCUGCAACGCGAGCAGGUACCAGGCCGAGGAGCUCUUCAAGCGCUUCUACCUCCCCUCGGGCUCGUUGUCCGACCGCCCCCUCGAGGCCGCCGGAGCUCCCGCUGCGAAGCCCUACAGGGACGACGACCAGGAGAGCACGGACUCCGGGUACGGUGGCUCGCGCGCGGAGUCCGAGAAGCUUAUUGACGUCGACGAAUCGUCUGCGCCCUCGCCCUCGCGGCGGCCUUCGUCGCCCGAGAAGCCGUCGUUCGUCGGUGUGUCGCACAGCCAGCGCGCGCCCCGGAUGUCGCCCGAGCGCUUCCGGGAGCUUGCGACGCGCUUCGCAGACGCGAUUCCGGAGCGCAAGCUGUCGAUGGCUGCGCUGCAGGGGUACUUGAUGACGUACAAGAUCAGGCCUGUGCAGGCGGUGGAGGACGUUGCAGCGUGGGUGGAGAGGGAGCUAGCGCAGAAGGACGCUGCCGAGGACGAUUCGUAGGAUGAUGAAAAAGAUGACGAUGGAUAUUAUGAAGUCGUGGUUGUAUCAUACCUUUGCUCGAGCAUACCCGCAUAUACAUGUAGACAUUGUAUCACGCACACUAGCCGCAUAGACCACAGCAAUUGCACAAAAC